GUCUCUCCCCUCUUCACUUUGUUGUUUCCUCUCUUGAACACUGCGGGGCUUCAUGGGACCCAAACCGGACCAAACUCCGUCCUCCGCCUGAGUCUGUGCUUGUGGAUGUUUUUCUUCGAGCAGCUGAGAGGAUGAAGGGGAGGAAUCCUGGCAGCUAACAGGGUUUGCAGCACCAGAAGAAGCAGAAGCAGCAGCAGCAGCAGCAGCAGCAGCAGCAGCAGCAGCAGCAGUGGCAGCCCCUCUCGCUCCUGCCUGGCCCGUCUGUCCACAUCAUGAGUUAGUGGACCUCGGAUCCCCCCCCCAAAGCCGCCGCCGCCUCCUCUUCAUCUGGAGCCUCGUGUCUGGAGACGGCAGCAUCACUCGCCCUGCUUCAUGAGCCAGCAGGAUGCGGCUGCGGUCCUCGCACUCUCCGAGCGCCUCCUCAUAGCGUCGCACAAGGGCCAAGCCGACCAUGUGGUCCAGCUCAUCAACAAGGGCGCCAAAGUAGCCGUCACCAAGUAUGGCAGAAGUCCCCUGCACUUGGCCGCCUACAAGGGCCACAUCGAGGUUGUGCGAAUCCUGCUCAAAGCCGGCUGCGACCUGGACAUCCAAGACGAUGGGGAGCAGACGGCGCUACACCGGGCCGCUGUGGUGGGAAACAGUGAUGUUAUCGCCGCGCUCAUCCAGGAAGGGUGUGCUCUGGACAGACAGGACAAGGACGGCAACACUGCUCUCCACGAGGUGUCCUGGCACGGCUUCAGCCAGUCCGUCAAGCUGCUGGUGAAAGCCGGCGCCAACGUUCAUGCCAAAAACAAGGCAGGAAACACGGCUCUCCACCUGGCGUGUCAGAACGGUCAUGCCCAGAGCUCCAAGGUUUUGCUCCUGGGAGGCUCCAGGCCCGACAGCAAGAACCAUGCAGGGGACACCUGUCUGCACGUGGCGGCCCGCUACAACCACGUGGCCAUGAUCCGAACGCUGCUGGGAGCCUUUUGCUCCGUGUCAGAGAAGAACCUGGCCGGGGACACACCGCUACAUGUGGCAGCUGCUCUGAAUCACAAGAAGACAGUACGCCUGCUGCUGGAGGCGGGGGCAGACAGCCGCAUCUGCAACAAUGCAGGUCAGACAGCGCUGGACCAGGCCAGAGACCACAACAACCCGGACGUGGCUCUUCUCCUGACCAAAGCCCCUCAGGUGCAGAGCUUCACCCGCGGCAGGAGUGUGAGGAAGAGGAGAGACAAGCUGAAGGCGGAGGGCAGGGCCCAGUCGGUACCCAGAGACGAGAUGCUGCCCAGUAAGGACAGUGCCUCCGCUGCCGACGACACGCACAGCAGUGACCGAGUCGCCUGCAAACACAUGGAGGUGACCGAGUCAAACACCAGGAGGGGAAAGAACAGGAAGCAGAAAGAAAAGCCGUCUUUGUCCGACCCGCUGCGCCGCAGAGAGCCCAAACACAGUGACGCGUCUCACAAGAGGAAAGGCAAACUGCGCGGCUCCUCCCCUCACGCGCCCGUCCCGCCACACAACUAUAAGGCCUAUCAGCUGUACACGCUGUACCGCGGCAAGGACGGGAAGAUCAUGCAGGCUCCUCUGAACGGCUGCCGCUGCGAGCCGCUCAUCAACAAACUGGAGAACCAGCUGGAGGCCACCAAGGAGGAGAUGAAGACAGAGAUCCACACCGUCCAAGACCUGAUGAACAACAAGAUGGGCCAGCUGGACCGCAAGAACAAACAUCAGAUCCGAGCUCUUGACAAGAUCACGGUGGAGAGGGUUUCAGCAGAGAGGACAGAGUGCCUCCACAGGAUUGACCAGCGUGCCAUGCAGGAGCGACAGGAAGGGGAGAGGAGACAGCAGGCGUCAAUGGUCAAUGAGCUGAAAAGCUGGUGCCUGUCCAAGCUGCAGAACAUCGAGGUUCGUUUCGCGGGGGAUCCACGUGGCCCCAUGCUGCAGCGCUCAACCUCUGUGACGGAGGGCCUGAACGAGGUCAAUGCGGCCGGGCUCAGCGUGCUGCCUCCUGGCCAGGGUGGCAGCUCCCAGUGCCUGGAGGUCCACAGCAGCGAGGCUCAGCUGGACUCUGCCCAGGGAGAGCCCAGCGUGGCAGAGGGCGGCUCUGCCAACCACUACUUUGUGGUUCAUGUUGAAAGCUCUCCAGAUGGUGAUAAGGCUCAUAAUGCAGACAUUGCGUCUUCAGCUGGAGCCAGGAGCCCGCUGUCAUCUACUCAAGUGGUGCGGCCUAAGGAGCGCUCGAUAAUCUCUACUGACACCCGAAGGAAGAACCAUGAACUGCUGCCAGACAUGGACAUCCUAGAGUUUGGGGCGAGCAGUGGUAGAAACCACAGGACCAGCAGCCUCUCCCCUGCGACAGAGCGCCGCUGCAGCAGCAGGACUGAUCACAAAGAGAGGGAGCACGGCCGGGACAGGGGGAGGCACCACAAGAGGCAUUCCCAGGGCAGGACUAAGUCCAGAGGGGCCGCAGGGGCCACGGGACAGGCAGGGGGUAGGACUCCGACUCAGGAGGUGUGUGGGAACCAGCCCAGCGACCUCUCCUUUGCACAGGAGAGGGAGAACAUGCACGCGCUGGAGGUCACCCAGUAUUUCUUCGAGGCGGUGUCGACGCAGAUGGAGCGCUGGUACGAGAGGAAGAUCCAGGAGGCUCGCUGGCAGGCCGACCAGAGGGCCCAGGCGGACCGGGCCGCCCUGAUGGAGAGGAUCGCCUACCUGGAGGACGAGCUGCGCAUGCUGAGGACUAGCAGACAUGAUGACUGCUAACACUCAGCCAUACGGGGGAGCGAGAGGUUUCAGAAACUGGACAGCAAAAACAGCUACAAACCACACAGAACUUGAUUUUACCCUCUCCAAACAGCCAUGAGAAAAUCUGCAUCUGCGCCACAAAAAUUUUAAUGUCAGAUUUUCUGUUCUUCGACACAAGCAGCCAUAUGCAUGGGUUACUCAAUUCAUUAUUUGCAUUCCUAAAGGCCAUGGAUCUACUUAAUUAUACACAUAACUACAGGUGUUUCAUAUUUAUAACUGCUUAAAACCCUACUUUUCUGAAUCACACUAAUUAACAAAAUACACAAAACACCCAUUUCAGUUCUACAUCAGAAAUCUAUCUAUCUAUCUUUGAUAUGAGUAAUAAAUCACUGACCUGGUAGUUGUCAUGUUACGUCUAGAUUUGUAAAUAUAGUGAUAAGGGCAGCUCUUGUGCACUGUGCGUUGUAAAUAAAAUAGAUGUAAAGCUAGAUGUUUAAAAUGGAUGUACUGUGCCAUUUAUAGUAGGAUAGGCGCAGUAUAUCACAUGAAAGGGCAUUAACACUGGUGUGCAGCGUGUACAGAUGCACAAAUACAAUUUUACCCUAUUGCAUACACACACACACACACACAUAUACAAAUUCAUCCAACCAUAAUCUAAAUAUGGAUAUGCGUUAUGUAAUCUCUCAAUGUGCAUUAUAUGUGCUGCCAAGAACAAACACAGUAACUUCAUGUGGAGCAUUUCCAUGUAACCAUUAACCUCGGGCACAAGAACUGCAAGAAAAAAACGACAACACUUUGAAGUCAGCCAUGAUGGAGAAAUAGCAGCAUAAUAAGCUUAUUAAUGUUAUCUGCAAGCUGGAAUUCAGCUUUGUGAUUUAAAAGGGCAACCUUGUGUGAAUGUGGCCAAACUGACACUAUUUAAGCCCCUGUUGAUGAGCUUUUUGCGCAUCAAUCUUUAAUUUUUUUUUGGAGGGAAUUAACUGCACAAACAGGCAAAUCUUCACACCACGUCACAUUUUAAACUUUAAUUUCACCAUCACAUCUUGUCAAUCCUUAUAAAUAGCUGAGUCGAGCAGUGGUGUGUCUGAUGUCACCCAUUCAUCCUUCCACUGAGAGGUUUCUGCAGCGGUGCUAAUUUAAUAGCACAGUGUCUAUAGUUACACCAGCUUUAAUUUACUGGUAAAAGUGUGAGUGAAACACGUUUACAAUCAUUUAAAUGAAUAGCAAGUGGUGCUAGGGAGGACUAAGCGUUUAUAAAUAGGCCUUUUGACAAAUAACAUAAUCUUUUGUACUGUUAGGCAUCUGUCUACUUUCCCUUGGGAUUUUUCCUGAAAAAAAAAAAAAAAAAAAAGACCUUAAUGACUUAACAGGAUUU